AUCAUGGCUGGCUUCGCGAUGCCUUCGCAGAGAAGGUGGCGAAGGGCGUUACGGCAGGGCCGAGGCGAGUGGUCUGCGCAGGCCACAUCGCCGGAAGACCGUUUAAGGCCGGAGCGACUGCCUCCGGGGAGUGACUCGUGACGGCGAGGACAUGGUUGCCUGAUUAGGCAGGCAGACGCCUCGCGCAAACAACAACAGGACGCAAACAGCGUGCACGUACAUAACACGCCCGCGUCGCCGCCCCGCGAAGUCCCGCAGUUCUGCGCCCUUCCCGCAUGGCCGCACGCCCAAAGCAAGAGCUGGACGCGUCCGCGCCCCCGCUAGACCGUGCCCCCAGCGACCCGGCCGAUCCCAGCAAGGUUAAGAGAAAGCGACAGUCACAGAGCUGCGAUGCUUGCCGCGCACGCAAGGUCCGCUGUGCGCGUGAGAACCCCGACGAUCCCAAGCAGUCCUGCAAGCACUGCAUCGCCCUCGGCAUUCCCUGCACGUAUGACUACCAGCCCAAAAAGCGUGGGCCACCAAACCUCUAUCUUCGGAGACUACAAGAGGCCGCGGCGGCAGCAGCUCAGCAGCAACAAGACGUCCACGCUCAGGGCUCUUCCUCCACUGACCUUGCGCAUUCGCCCACGUCACAUGGCGCUGCUAGUCCGACACUCUCUUCUGGUACACAAGGAUCCCUCCAGCCUUUCCUCGAGCCUAGUCUGAGCCCUGUAUCGCCUCUUCAUGCCGGUCCGCUUUCUCCUGGCCGCUAUCCUAUCACCGCCGACAGCACGUUCGCCUCCUUCGGCUCCGUCCCUUCACUCGGUGCGGCGUAUAGUGCCACACGCGACGAUCCACAUCCAUUUUCGAACUCGAACUCUGGCGACCAGUUUAGCACCUACCCCCUCCACGGUUGGGCGUUGAGGCAACAACAAACCCUGACCGUCUCUUCUCCCGUCGCUAUCCCUCCCCUUGCAUACUAUUAUCGCCCUCACCGUCUCGAAGAUGUUGCUCCACGGGACACCAUCCUCCAUAUCCUCGCGUUAUUCUUUGACUUUGUGUACCCGCUUACACCGUGCAUCCACAGACCGAGCUUUAUGGCUGACGUGCAUGCGAGGAGGGAAGAGCGCGAUCCGUUGUUCUUUGCACUUGUCAUGUCCACGGUUGCGAGCACCUUGGUGCAAGUACCUCGGAGCUACUUACCGAUGGAGCGGCAUCAGGUACGGAAAUUGGCUCAGACGUGCUACGAGGCAAGUCGACAUAUUUCGGUGGUAUCGUACGACCCGCCGACGGUCAUGCAUGUUGUCAUACGAUACUUUGAUACCAUCUAUCAUUUCUGCGAAGGCCAUGAUGCUACGCAGCAUGCAGCAUUCGGAGAGGCGGCGCACAUUGCGAUCACGCUGCGCAUGCAUGAAGAGGCAUCGUACGAAGGGCUCGAUUUUGUUGAAUGCGAGGUUCGCCGGAGGACUUUUUGGCUGCUCUUUGGAGCGGACAAGUCGAUGUCGAUCCUCCUUGGACGUCCCAUCUGUCUACGAGACGAGGACACUACAUGUAACUUUCCACGGGAGUUGGACGAUGAAUACAUCACUCCGAGCGCGUAUCUCCCCCAGCCACAUGGCAAGACAGCGAUUGUUUCCGGGCUCAACUACAUCUCCCGCAUCUUUGCGCUCCUUGGGGAGAUCCUCGUGCGGGUCCGUGUCGAUAAGCGCUCGCCGCCGCAAGGCCAAUUCUUGACGGCACGCUUGGAGGAGGUGCAGGCCUUGCAUGCGCGGAUCAUGGCUGCAUUGACACAUGCGCCGGAGCCCCUUCGGCUCAAGCGAGUGAACGAUGGACUGGGAUUGGGGCUGGGCGCGAAUGGCGGAAGGGAGUAUGGCGGUGCGGGAUUCAGGCAAGCGACGUUUGCGGAAGUCAAGGACUUCUUCGAUAACCCGAACGCGUCGCGCGCGAAUGCUCUUAAUCCGUUCUUGGUGAUGCAAGCGAACGUGUAUGUGACGCAGCAACUCGUGCGAUUUGUGAUCGAGCAAUAUCGCGACGAGCUCAUCACGUCGCUACAGGGUAGUAUCGAUGAGCAUCGCGUAUCAAAAGAGCGCGAGGCCGUUGCGAGCGAGCUGCUCAGUAUCUUGCAUAGCAUACCGAUCCAGAGUAUUGCGACGAACGGCCCGUCGUUGGUGCACAAGGUGCGAUUUGUGGCAUCCACGCUACUGGAUGCAGUGCGCCAGGCAGAGACGGCGCCAAUAUCGGCGGCGCGUGCGCAUGGCUACCUCUGGGAUUUCCUGUCGAUCCUUUCAGAAAUCGAACGAAACUAUUUGCUUGAUGAUGAUCGAGACGCUGGGUCCAACGGGGACGGCAUGCCUCUCAUGAACGGGGCUUGAGCGUGUUGGCGCGGCCACCCGCUCGGAGAGUGCAUGCUGGUUUUGCUAAUGAUUAAGUACGUUCUCCACGUUGGCCAUAAUGUGAGUUCCGUGAUUGGGCCCGGUGCGUGUUCGUCGUGUGUCGAAUAUGGUCUAGUGCUGGUCUAUUGAUCGAUGUAGUUUGCUACUGUAUUCAUAAUGGUCGUCCGAGCUGUGGAUGAUUGCCGAUACUGUAUGGUGUAUACUAUAUCCAGCGCACAUUGCUAUCGAGUUGCUUUUGUUGUGUCUCUUCGUUCAAUUAUGCGAUUAUGCACACGUUCGGCAUUCCGCGCGACGCGUAGGAGGCG